GCGCCAAUGCCUUGUAGGGUUGGUUGUGUCCUUCCAUUUCCACGCUACGGACCGGAGCGCACGUGGAUGCCUGGGCAGCGCGUUCGUCCUCUGAGCGUGCUGGAGUGCAGAUCCCCCGACACGCUGUUCCACAGCUUGGCAUGAACCGGUUUCUGCUGCCGGUGUCCGUGGUGGGCACUGUGAUCGGCGGCACGGUACUGCUCAAGGACUAUGUUGCUGGUGGGGCUUGUCCCAGCAAGGCCACCAUACCUGGGAAGACUGUCAUCGUGACAGGAGCCAACACAGGCAUCGGGAAACAAACUGCUUUGGAACUGGCUAGAAGAGGAGGCAACAUCAUUCUGGCCUGUCGUGACAUGGAGAAGUGUGAGGCGGCUGCAAAGGACAUUCGUGGAGAGACCUUGAAUCCCCAUGUACGUGCCCAGCACCUAGACUUGGCUUCCCUCAAGUCCAUCCGAGAGUUUGCCGGGAAGAUCCUCAAAGAGGAGGAGCGAGUGGACAUUCUGGUCAACAAUGCAGGCGUGAUGCGGUGCCCACACUGGACCACUGAGGAUGGCUUUGAGAUGCAGUUUGGUGUCAACCACCUGGGUCACUUUCUAUUGACAAAUUUGCUGUUGGACAAGCUGAAGGCCUCAGCCCCUUCACGCAUCAUCAACCUCUCGUCCUUGGCUCACAUUGCUGGGCACAUAGACUUUGAUGACUUGAAUUGGCAGAUGAAAAAGUAUGACACCAAGGCAGCCUACUGCCAGAGCAAGUUGGCUGUUGUCCUCUUCACCAAGGAGCUGAGCCGCCGGCUGCAAGGCACUGGUGUAACUGUCAAUGCUCUGCAUCCUGGUGUGGCCAGGACAGAGCUGGGAAGACAUACAGACAUACACAACUCUACCUUCUCCAGCGUCACACUUGGGCCCUUCUUCUGGCUGCUGUUCAAGAGUCCCCAGCUGGCGGCCCAGCCCAGCACAUACCUGGCCGUGGCAGAGGAACUGGAGAGUGUUUCUGGGAAGUACUUUGAUGGACUCAGAGAGAAGGCUCCAUCCCCCGAGGCUGAAGAUGAAGAAGUAGCCCGGAGGCUUUGGGCUGAAAGUGCCCACUUGGUGGGCUUGGACAGUUCUCCUGGGUCUCCUGGGAAGGGGCAGUACAUCCGCAGAUAACCUUCCAAGACCCGGAUGGAACUGCAUUACCAAGGCUGCUGCUGGCCAUGCCCUCCUCAUCCUCUAGGGGCAGU